GAGUUCCAGUUCCUAAGUCAGACACCAUCUUCCAGAUGGAGGGAGAGGAAAAGCUAAAGAUUGUGGAUCCAGAAGAAGUCGAUGAUAAAGAUUUCCAGAAGGGAAGCAACAGCUCAGCUCCUCCAGGAGAGAAGGCCCCGAGGUGUGAUUUGCAUGAGCAUGGCUGUAGGCUGAAUUCAGAACAUCUAAAUAAAUCCAAACCCCAUGGUGGAGACAAACCUCAUAAAUGUAAUCAGUGUGGCAAGGCCUUCAGGAGGAGCUCCAACCUCAUUCAGCAUCAGAAAAUUCAUAGCGGAGAGAAGCCCUAUAAGUGUAAUGAAUGUGGCAAAGCCUUCAGUCGCAGCACAACCCUCAUUCACCACCAGACAAUUCACAGCGGAGAGAAACCUUAUGAAUGUAACGAAUGUGGCAAAGCCUUUAUGGCGAGCUCUGCACUUAUCCGCCACCAGACGAUUCACAGCGGAGAGAGACCCUACGAAUGUAACGAGUGUGGAAAAGCCUUCAGCAGGAAUUCCAUCCUUAUCGAACAUAAGAGGAUUCACAGUGGAGAGAAACCUUACGAAUGUAAUGAGUGUGGGAAAGCCUGCCGUGGGAGUUCAAAACUAAUUGAACACCAGAGAAUUCACACUGGAGUGAAGCCCUAUGAAUGUAAUGACUGUGGGAAGACUUUUAGUCAGAACUCGCACCUUACUCAGCAUCAGAGAAUCCAUACUGGAGUGAAGCCCUAUCAGUGCAGCGAAUGUGGGAAAGCUUUCAGGCAAAUAGCCACUUUCAUUAAUCAUCAAAGAAUCCAUAGUGGAGAGAAGCCCUAUGAAUGUAAUGUGUGUGGCAAAGUCUUCAGGGUGAGAUCAGAUCUUAUUCGACAUCAGAGAAUUCAUAGCGGAGAGAGACGCUAUGAAUGUAACGAGUGUGAGAAAACCUUCAGCCAGAGCUCAUGCCUUAUUCAGCACAGAAGGACUCAUAGUGGGGAGAAACUUUAUGAAUGUAACGAGUGUGGGAAAAAUUUUAGUCGCAGCUCAAACCUUAUUCAACAUCAGAGGAUUCACAGUGGAGAGAAACCCUAUGAAUGUAGCGAAUGCGGCAAAGCCUUCAGCAGAAGCUCAAACCUCAUUCAGCAUCAGUUGAUGCAUGCCAGAGUGUAA